UUGUGGAGCCUUGUAAAGAGAGGCCUGUCUCUGCCCUCAGCCUCAUCCAGGAGAAUGUCUUCCUUCAAGUUGGACUUCCUGCCGGAGAUGAUGGUGGAUCACUGCACCCUGAGCUCUAACCCUGUAUCAAAGAAAAUGAACGGGUCUCUGGAUCACCCCGACCAGCCCGACAUUGACUCCAUCAAGAUGUUUGUGGGUCAGAUUCCGAGGUCCUGGUCAGAAAAAGAGCUGAAGGAACUCUUUGAGCAGUACGGUGUUGUGUAUGAGAUCAAUGUACUCCGCGACAGAAGUCAAAACCCUCCUCAGAGUAAAGGUUGUUGCUUUGUAACGUUUUAUACCCGUAAAGCAGCGCUAGAAGCACAAAAUGCCCUUCACAAUAUGAAGAUUUUGCCUGGGAUGCACCAUCCUAUACAGAUGAAGCCAGCAGACAGUGAGAAGAACAAUGCUGUAGAAGACAGAAAGCUAUUUGUGGGGAUGAUCUCCAAGAAAUGCAACGAGAACGAUGUGCGCGUCAUGUUCUCCCCUUUCGGACAGAUAGAAGAAUGUAGGAUAUUACGGGGCCCAGAUGGGCUGAGUAGAGGUUGCGCAUUUAUAACAUUUACGACAAGAUCAAUGGCUCAGAAUGCAAUCAAAACAAUGCACCAGUCACAGACAAUGGAGGGCUGUUCCUCUCCGAUCGUUGUGAAAUUCGCUGACACACAGAAAGACAAAGAGCAGAAGCGGAUCGCCCAGCAGCUCCAGCAGCAGAUGCAGCAGCUCAGUGCAGCCACCAUGUGGGGCAGCCUGGCUGGGCUCAAUACACUCGGACCCCAGUACCUGGCACUUUAUUUACAGCUCCUACAGCAGACUGCAUCCUCUGGGAACCUCAACACACUGAGUAAUCUGCACCCUAUGGCUGGUCUCAACGCUAUGCAGUUACAGAACCUUGCUGCUCUGGCCGCAGCUGCAAGCGCAGCUCAGAGCACUACGGCGGGUACCAAUGCAUUGAACACAGGCAGCAGUCCCCUGAGUGCACUAGCCAGUUCAGGUUCAUCGAGCAGCAACAGUACGAACUCCUCGGUAAACCCGAUGGCCUCCCUGGGAGCGCUGCAGACGUUGGCAGGGGCAACAGGAGGCCUCAACGUCAACUCUUUAGCAGGUAUGGCAGCUUUGAAUGGAGGACUGGGAACUGGGGGUCUGUCGAACGGGACGGGGAGUACGAUGGAUGCUCUGACCCAGGCGUACUCGGGGAUUCAGCAGUAUGCGGCCGCAGCACUCCCUUCUCUUUAUAACCAGAGCCUCCUUACUCAGCAGAGCCUAAGUGCAGCAGGAAGCCAGAAAGAAGGACCCGAGGGAGGCAAUCUGUUUAUUUACCACCUGCCUCAGGAGUUCGGAGAUCAGGAUCUGCUCCAGAUGUUUAUGCCUUUUGGGAAUGUCAUUUCUGCCAAGGUUUUCAUUGACAAACAGACGAACUUGAGCAAAUGUUUUGGGUUUGUAAGCUAUGACAAUCCAGUCUCCUCGCAGGCUGCUAUACAAGCAAUGAAUGGCUUUCAGAUUGGCAUGAAACGCCUGAAGGUCCAACUUAAGCGAUCGAAGAACGACAGCAAGCCAUACUGAGCUUUGAUCAAAAUGAACUUGAGUUUAAACAUGUUCACUGUAGCUAUAAAAGAUUCCAGGGGCACUAUUCUGAAGAAGACCCAGGGGGAUUCUUCCCCAAUGCCUUCGACAAUAUUUUCCCUCAACUGAAGUCGCUUAAAACAAAUUAUCUUGUCAUUAUCACUCUGCGGUUUGUGGGAGCUUGUUGUACUCAAGUUGCCUGCCACAUUAUUACAACAGAGUCUGCACUUUAAAAAAAAGUAUUGUAUAGGCUCAGAGAGGUCUGAGGUGAUGGAAGAUGCUAUAGAAAUGCUAAUCUUUCUUUAAGACGAGUCUUACCUGAUGAUUUCUCAGUCAGGCAUUUAAGUUAUUGAAGUGGUUAGUGGCGUUCUGUGGAGGGGCUGCUCAGCUUUUCUUUGUGUGAACCAGGCUGCUCUUAAUUCUGCAGUUGUGACUUGAGAAUUUUUACCCCAGUAGCUGUUUUUUUUUAAAACGCAAUUUAAACUACAAAUCUCGGUGGAUUUCCCUGCUGCGUAUCUGUGCCAGCCUUGCCCAGUUGUGUCUGUCCAUCAUUCUCCCUUUUAAAGGCUUUUUUGUCUUACAGCCAUUUGGUGAUGAGAUAGAUGCAAGUCGCAGAUAAAAGGACCCAGGAUGAGGGCCCCUGUUCCUUCCUCUUCUCCCCCUCCCACUCCCUGGCCCCUCUGGGUGGCUAAGGAUUGUCUGGUGUCUUUCUUGUACCUGUGUGAAUUACAUCUGUUUGCAGUGUUUAGCAUGUGCUGUUCCCUGUCCCAUUGUUCAAAUUAUGCAUUGAUCUCAUGCACUGUAUCAUUGUUUCGUUUUUAAUUUUUAUUUCAAUUUAUUUCUUCUUUUUUUUAUAGCUUUGUGUAACUUGGUCCUUCUCCCUUUCUGGUUUUGUUUUCUCCUAGAUAUCUUCGUGCCCGUUUGUUCAUCGUCUACCUAGCAUGUUGCUGUGACGUCAAAGUUCAUCGUCCCUCGUUGUCUCUGAGCUUCUCUGAUGCUUGACCUCUACUGACUUUGACCUUGUUUUUGACAUUAAAUUUGAUGUAUUUCAGAAAUCUUUUGUUUCUCCUCUCUUUGCCGACACCCCCCCACCCCUUGCCCCACCCGCCCCUACACCCCACCCCCCACCCCCCCACCCCCACCCCCCAACACACACACCCUUCAGUGCUGCUGGGGCAGACCACUUUAAGCAAGCUUACAAAAGAUUGCUGCGUUUAAAAUUUCGAGAGUCUAUUUUUCUAGAAUUUCUUAACUAAAUUGCAGCAUUUUGACACUUUCUACUCCUUUUCGCGAAGCAGCUUUUCUGGCACUAGCAGAGGGCUUUGUAUCUUGACCAUCCAAUCAGCAGACAAACAGAAAAUGACUUGUGUGUGCUCCUGUUUCUUUUUUUAAAGUGUGUUGUGUGUUAGGGAAGUAUGAAGUGUUUAUCACAUUUCACUCUUAAAGAUGAUGAGGCUGGAAUGCUUUCUACUCCAGAAGAAGGCAGGGUGACAGCUUCUCCCCUUUCCACUCCCGCCCUCCCACGCCCAAUUCACCUACCUACCCCCCCCCCCCCCCACCCCUUACCCAACCACACACUGUGGCAUUCCCCACUCUCUUACCCUUCUCGUCUGCCCCCUCACCCCUUCCGCCUACCUGUCCCCGACCCCUUCCACCCACAAUUGCGUCCCUCCCUUACCCCUUGUCUCUUACCCCUUCCCCCUCCAUCUCCCCCUUCCCCAUCCAUUUCCUCCUCCCUUCCACCCCACCCCCUCCCUCCCCUCUUCCUUCCCCACCCCCUCCCUCCUCCCUCCCCAUCCCCAACGCCAUCUCCCUCCUUCUCCCUCACCAGCUCCCCAUCAGCUCCCCCUCCCUCCCCUCUCCCCAUCAGCUCUCCCCUCCCUCCCCUCUCCCCCACCAGCUCCCCCUCCCACCCCCCUCUCCCCUCUCCGCCAUCAGCUCCCCCUCCCUCCCCUCUCCGCCAUCAGCUCCCCCUCCCUCCCCUCUCCGCCAUCAGCUCCCCCUCCCUCCCCUCUCCGCCAUCAGCUCCCCCUCCCUCCCCUCUCCCCCACCAGCUCUCCCCUCCCUCCCCUCUCCCCCACCAGCUCCCCCCUCCCUCCCUCCCUCCCUCCCUCACCUCUUCCUCCCCUCCCCAACUCCCUCAGAAUACUGGAGUGACAUCAGUAAAGAAAUACUUGAAUAGCUUUUACAAAGUGUCACCCACUUCCCUUGGGUUUUUUUUUGGCACUUUGGUUUUCUAACGUUAGCAGUAAGUGUCUGAAGCAAAAGUUUGAAGAAAUAAAAAGGAAGUCUUUAGUUUAAUGUUGUCAAGUUUGGUCUGAUUAUACCUUGCAUGUAUUGUAUCUAUGCUCAAACCCUCAGCAAGAUGUGAUGUGACUUGUUAAAUUGAUUUAGUGCCAAGUGUUAUUUGCAUGUUACAGCCUUUUACACUUUGUACAGCUUUUCUGUCUUCCUGACUUCGAAGUUGCUGUUUGAUAAAGGAAAAAAAUACAAUUGAGUUGGAGGUUUAAAUAAAGUAUAUUUUUGAACUGUCUCGUGGCAAAUAUCGUGCAGAGACCAGGUAACAUCCUGUUGAAGCCCUCCCUUCUGUUCGCUUUGACCUUGGCGUUAAAGCGGUUUCCAGCUGGCCUGCUGGGGGAUGUGUGCAGUGUUUUUGUUUACAGAUUGUUUGGUUUUGAAGAUUCUGGGGAGUUAGCUGACUUUCCACAAAGUAAUCCAAGUGGCUUGUGUCAUUUUUGGAAGUGGGACGUUUUGCAAGGGCUGAGUUGAUUAUUGGACACACAGCAACUGGGUAUUUACACUAUGGCCACCAUGGCUUGUUACCAAAUGGUAUGAGGCAGUGAAAGAGUUAACCUCUGCCCCUCCCUCCCUCCCCACUCCAUUUUCAUACAGGUGUCUGGUGUAGCCUCCUCACCACCCAACGUGUAUCCCUAAUCCCAACCCCUCAUCAAAUCACUCUCUCUCCUCUUACCCUACUCCUCUGCAGACCAGCCUUAAAUCUCCCUCAUUCUCCCCUCCCAUCCACGGGACCUAGAGCACCAUCUGUCCCACAGCCCUCAAGUCCCAACUGUUCAACCUCCACCCAAAACACCAACCCCAAAUUCCCAAACACAAUCCAACGUCUGUCCCCUUGUCCCCUCCCCUCAACUCCGCUCCUCCCUACAUCCAACCCACCUUCACGCUAUCUGGGUUUGACACAGAGGGUUCAGUUUUCCGCCAGCAUUAUUGAUCACUUUGCCCCUUUAUCCUCUGACUCACUGUGUGCGCCAAGGACAGGCGGAGGAAAGCACUGCAGACUCCAAAAGACUGCAUUUGCUCCCCACACCCACUAAAUGCCCCACAACAACUGCACACACCGACAGGCAGAUGGCGAGGGCAGGGACUGCAGCUGGUUAUUGGUGCAGUCUGAUAUGAGAUCCCAUACACAGUAAGGAUAGCCUGAACCUAGUAAAUUAAAAAAACAUUCUUUGAACAUUUUUAUCAACUUCUUCCCCCGCCCCACCCCACCACAACCUUUUUUGAGUUGCAAGCUGAUUUUUUUUGUUACAGGGUGGUGUGCACUGAUUAACUAGUCUGCCGUUUCUACCUGAAUUGGGGGUUGGGCUUGACCAGACCAAGCUGCAAGGUGUGGCCUGGAUGGCUGGCUGUGCAGUGAAACUGCCUGCAUCCCAUUUGGAAUACUGCCUGUGAACCAGCUGUGUUUCCAAAAGCACCUCAGCUUCAGUCUCCUCUUCCAGCUGAGCACUUACUUAGUAAGCGCCCCAGUGUGAUAAACCCAGACCUCACCCCAGGGUCCUUCGUAACUGCCACUGACUGGAGGGUGUAGUCGAGGGGUUAUUAGGGAUGAUGCACCCUGGAGGGGAUUGACGUGCUGAUGCUGCCUCGCCCUCAUGCACAGCAUGAUUGUGUUCCUUCUGUAGCGCCAUUGCCAAUCCUCCAACUUCUUCACAAGCACUCGGUGGUCCUUACCACACCACCCAUGCCAGAAUCCUGUGGAAAAUGCUUAAUGAAUAUUUAAUUGCCAUCUUGUUAUCUUUUGAUAAUGUAAACAUUGAAAACAGAUAUUUGAGUGACUGUUUUUCCAAACCCUUGCUGCUUUGUAAGUUAACAAACAUUUUAGAAUCCUGUGGGCUUUUUUUGGUACAAACUGAUUGUAUUUAACUCUGUAGGUUUUGUACAACUUUGCCUUUUAUACGAGGAUUAUAAAAUGAUUAACAAAUGUGAAUGAUAUUGAUUUCUAAAAGUUUGCCACAAUGACCAAACCUCUCUACUAAAGUAAGAUGCAAUUUUGCUCUCAUUACAAAGAAAAAGCUUUUUUUUCCAAAAGUGUCAUUAUCUUGUGUGAAUUUUUUUUCUGUGUGAUGUAACCUUGAGACAAAUUAUGAGUUAAUUAGAAAAGAUGGAAGAGAACCACUUGUAAGUUGUUUUGGAGCAACCUGUGUAGAGGUAUGGCAAAGUGUUGCGAGUUUGAAUAAAGCUGGUAUUUGCUUCA